UGCGCGCAAGACGACCUGCGCCCGCGGCCGUCCGUACGGCAAGAUGGCCGCGCCGUUCGCGCAAGCUGGCCGCGCCCCCGGCGUCCUGGAUGCUCCGAGGGACGGGGCCGCGCCCGGCGGCGGGGUCCUGUCGGCGCGCUGCGAGCCGCAGCCCCGUACCUCCUGUCUCUUGUGCCUGGCGAGGGCCACCUCUCCGCCGUACGCCGAGAUGGCGGCCCCCGCGCUUCCGCCGCGCCCUGCUUGGCCCCCGCGGCUUCCCGUCGCCGCGUCGCGCUGCGCCCGUCGGAGCGACGCCGCGGCCAGUCGGCGGCCGGACGGGGAAGAUGGACGCAGCCACUCUUACCUAUGACACGCUCCGAUUUGCUGAGUUUGAGGAUUUUCCUGAGACCUCUGAGCCAGUUUGGAUCCUGGGCAGAAAAUACAGCAUCUUCACAGAGAAGGAUGAAAUCUUAUCUGAUGUGGCAUCCAGACUGUGGUUUACAUACAGGAGAAACUUCCCAGCCAUUGGGGGAACUGGCCCUACCUCGGAUACAGGCUGGGGCUGCAUGCUGCGGUGUGGACAGAUGAUCUUCGCACAGGCUCUGGUGUGCCGGCACUUAGGCCGAGAUUGGAGGUGGGCACAACAGAAGAGGCAGCCUGACAGCUACUUCAGCGUUCUCAAUGCUUUCCUUGACAGGAAGGACAGCUACUACUCCAUCCACCAGAUAGCGCAAAUGGGAGUUGGAGAAGGAAAGUCCAUUGGCCAGUGGUAUGGCCCGAACACUGUCGCCCAGGUCCUCAAGAAGCUUGCUGUAUUCGAUACGUGGAGCUCCUUGGCCGUUCACAUAGCGAUGGACAAUACUGUAGUGAUGGAGGAGAUCACUCUCUGGGCAGCAGACCUAAGAAGAAUGUCUGGGGAGGAGGCCAGCUAUGAGGGCCAGCCCAACAGUUAUCAACCUAUUGUCUUCUCUCUGCAGCACUGUUUCAAGAUGCCCCAAUCCCUGGGUGUCAUUGGAGGGAAACCCAACAGUGCCCACUACUUCAUUGGUUAUGUCGGUGAGGAGCUCAUCUACCUGGACCCUCAUACCACACAGCCAGCAGUGGAGCUGACAGAUGGCUGCUUCAUCCCUGAUGAGACCUUCCACUGCCAGCACCCACCCUGCAGGAUGGGGAUUGGGGAGCUGGAUCCGUCCAUUGCUGUGGGUUUUUUCUGUAAGACUGAGGAUGACUUUAAUGACUGGUGCCAGCAAGUCAAAAAGCUGUCCCUGCUUGGGGGUGCCCUGCCCAUGUUUGAGCUCGUGGAGCAGCAGCCUUCCCACUUGGCCUGCCCUGAUGUCCUGAACUUGUCCCUUGAUUCUUCUGAUGUGGAGCGACUGGAAAGAUUCUUUGACUCAGAAGAUGAAGACUUUGAAAUCUUGUCCCUUUGAGGGUCCUGGGGUUGAAAGGCAGCUUCCAUGGUCUCGCUGGGACGCCUUUUGAGAACCUAGCCCUGCCUCAGGCACUUGGUGCCACUGUACUGCAUUCCAUCCACCCAGCCUGCCCCUGCUGAGUGCUGCACCUAUGCUGCCGCUGCCUGGAGGCCUGCGCUGCCCUGGACGCCGUAUGCUUGGAGCCAGCCCACCCAGCCCAGGGUGUGCCUCUGGCCACCUGCAGGAAGAGGUGCUUGGCAGGAAGCUCAGUGUGGGGCCUGAGCUUGCAGAGUUCUCUGCUUGGCACUGCCAGCCUUGCGUCCCCACACUGGCUUUGGCCCUGCUCUCCUAGGCGCCAGGUCUGUGGUUGGUUUGGAAUUAAAAGCCCUGUUUGGAGUUGUUCAACACCGACAUGAGUUUCUGGGCUCCUUCCCAGGUCAGUCUUAGAAGACCUGCAGUUUGGUGUGUGUAGAGCAAGAGUCACGUCAUGGCUUGAUGCUGGGCAGAGUGAGCUCAGCUGCAUCCCCUCUGCCCAGCAUGGUUACCAAGGGCUACUUUUGGGAGAGCAGCUCACAGCGAGCACGUGGGAACCCAGAGGCUUCGAGAGCCGAGGGCCAGACGUGGGUCCUAGAGCAUCUCAGAGCAUUCCUACAGGUGCUGCUUCCAUCUCCUUGGGCUGAGGCAUUUGGAGACCCCACCGCCUGCUGCUGCUCGCUGUCACACCAGCUUCCCUGAGUGGCUCUGCCUGGGACACUAUGACCAAUGGGAUGGAGCACCCUGCAGCCCACGUUCUCUUGCCUUUCUCAGCAUUGCUGGGCAGGUUGGGCAGCUGCGCCCCCAGCACUCACAGGUGAAGUAUCCAGACUGUCAUGCUCACUUCAGCAACCACCGCCCCUUCUUACCCUCAAACCUUGCUACUGUGGCCGAUGGCCUAUGUUCCACAACAGGAGCCAUCCUCCUGCUAGCUUGUGUAGGGGGGGGGGAGGGGUGGCCACAUAGGCGCCUUUCUGCAGCUGGGCAGGACUGGUGGAGGCAAAGUGGGUCUUGGCUAUAGCCAUGCAUGGCAGCACCAGCCACCCAGAGGCAGUAGGGGCCACCCCAGCCCCCAGAUGUAAUUUAUUUCCUUCCUCUCCCUUUUCUCUUCCUGCUUCCUCUCCUUAUCAUGGCUGUGAAUGGGGUGGGCAGCAGGAAGGGCUGGAACCAUUUCUUUUUUGGGGUUCCGCUUUCUGGCCUGCUGCUGGUUCCUGAGGUAGGGGACAGAGUGUCCAAGGAGCUGCCCUCCACACCUGGAUAAAGAUUACUGAAGAGGAGGUGGUUCACUCAGUAUAGUUUGCAGUUCUUAAUGGCAAAUAACAAGUUUCCAUAGAAAACAAG